GCUCAGUCGGAAACCAACUGCCGAGCAGUGAGGACGGUGUACGUAAAGCAGGACAGAUGUUUUAGAAGAAGGAUUUUUAAUGUGCUUCCGAGCCCAAUUACCGCUGCGAGCGAGAGGCUGUGUGAUAGCAACGGAGACAAGACCAACAAGGGUUGUUUUCCUAGAGAGGAAAAACCCAAAUCCGUUAGAAAAUCUACGCGGAGUGGAAAGAAGAGGAGAGAAGAGGUUGUGCAGCAGUUGGAGGCAGAGAAGUUCGAAGAGUACUCGCAUUUCGACCACGAAGAAGAUCUCGUCGCGAGUCACCAGAGGAUAGUGAAAGAAAUCUGCCUUGGUUUCUUCGGUUCCUUACUUUUUUGGCAGAAAAACGCAGGAGAAUUUUCGAGUCAGAGGAGUGCAGUGUCAAAGUCUGUGAUAGUAUUUAUUCGAGAGAUAUACAGUAUAACAGCCAGCAUCAACGCUAGAAAGAGCCAACAGAGAAAAUCAUUGUUGUCGUCGUGGAAUAUCCGAAACCGAGUGAAAAUUAUCAUCGUUGAUCGGCGACCAAGGGAGAACCUAAAAGAGUGUAGAUAGGCUUUAUAUAUUUAUUUAUAUCUGUGAUACCUACCGCUGAUAUACAUCGAUCUGAUCCCAACGUACAAAAGAGGAGAGUCGAUCUGGAUACGAUCGGCACGAAGAGAUUUUUUGCAAUUUUUUUCGACGUGGGUGGAAGAUAUCAGUAACUUAGUGGUUAGGCGUUUUUUGUAAAUACGACUGACUCUUUUUUAUAAUUAGUGAUACCGGUGCGAGUGCAUUGGCAGCGGAGAACGAUCCCUGACGAUAAAAGGGUGGAAAACACUCCGAAACGGUUGAUUGAUUGUUGAACGGUUGUACGUGCGACGUGUGUGCUGUUCUGAUCAAAAUGGUGGAGAAGAUUCUAGAAGACAGCGAGGAGCCUCGCCAGGAGAGUGGACGUGGUGAUGGUGUUUCCUCGACAGGAGAGCCGCUGAGUUCGGUGCAGGCUCGCCAGGAAGAAGCCAGGCGCAAAAGGCGCAGGAAGAAGAGAUCUGGAUCAUCUUUGGUAUCGUCUUGUUUCCAAGAACUCUACAAGCUCACCGGGGAAAUUCUUGGUGAAGGCGCUUACGCUUCGGUCCAGACGUGUGCCUCAUUGUACACCGAUUUGGAAUAUGCAGUAAAGAUCAUCGACAAAAUUCCAGGUCAUGCUCGAACCAGAGUGUUCAAGGAAGUGGAGACUUUCCACCACUGCCAGGGACAUCCUAAUAUUAUUCAGCUCAUUGAGUUCUUCGAGGAUGAUGAAAAAUUCUACCUCGUCUUCGAGAAAAUUAACGGUGGCCAGUUGUUGCGCAGAAUUCAGGAGAGGAAUCAUUUUAGCGAGAGGGAAGCGAGUCAAAUUGUCAAGGAGAUAGCGAGUGCACUAAAUUUCCUGCACAAAAAAGGAAUUGCUCACAGGGAUCUGAAGCCAGAGAACAUUUUGUGCGUCCAUCCCGACAAGUUGACACCCAUUAAGGUGUGCGAUUUUGACCUGGGAUCUGGGAUAAAAUUCAACAACUCUUUGUCGAGUCCAGUGGCGACUCCGCAGCUUUUAACACCAGUGGGUAGUGCGGAAUAUAUGGCACCGGAGGUAGUGGAAGCCUUUAUCGGAGAGGCAAAUUACUACGACAAGCGGUGCGAUCUCUGGAGUCUGGGGGUUAUCAUGUACAUUCUGCUGUGUGGCUACCCUCCAUUUUAUGGAAAUUGUGGCACUGACUGUGGCUGGGAGAGAGGCGAGAAUUGCCGAUCCUGUCAGCAGAUGCUCUUCACCAGCAUUCAGGAGGGUAGAUACGAAUUCCCAGAUAGUGAAUGGGCGACAAUUUCCGAGGACGCGAAGGAUCUCAUCAGAGGUUUACUUGUCAAGGAUGCUCACGAGAGACUCAGCGCGGAAUGUGUCCUUCAACAUCCUUGGGUCACACCUGGACCUUCUUCUGUUGAAGGAUGCAACAGGUCAUUGAUCACUCCGCAUGUUAUGAGGAGGAACAACUCAGCUCGUGAGCUCUCAGCCUUUGCGGAAUCAGCAAUGGCAGUAAAUCGCGUGGUGUUUCAGCACUUCUCCGUGAAUUUGGAGGAACUCUUGGAGAACAGAGAACCGAGAUUGUCGACGUCCUCGACCGACGAGGAUAAUCAUCCCUACGGUCACAUGUCUGACUCCAGCAGUGAAUUGUCUGAGCACAGUAAGAACUGCGCGACACACUCUUCUUGUGAAUUUGAACCUGGUACGCGUCACAGGUCCUGCUCAAUGCGUUCGAGCAUCGACCUAAGCGACUCCAAGAUAAUUGGCAAGAAUCGGCUGGUCGACAAGGAGAAGAAUUUGUUUGGCCUGUCACCGCCCAGCGAGAGUUUGCUGAUGCAACGACGUAUGAGGGCUCGUUCGAGCCUUCUCCAACGUCAAAGCUUAUCAAUUGUCGCCUCCCCAAGUGGCUGAGAUGCGACACACACUUUCCAAACAAAUAAACUAAAAAAAAAAACACAAAAAAAACAACAACAAGAUUCCCUUUCUCGCUGCAGUGAUUCGUCUUUAUAUAUUAUGUAAACGUUGGAGAAUGCCGCCGACAAAAACCGUUUCGUGCAUAAGAUUGUUGAGUGAAAAUCGGAUCGACAAUGAUUUGCGUCCGAUGUUGACUGCAACGAAAACGACGACGAUACCGACGACGAUUACUGAUGCCAGUAAUCCCGAUCACUAUCAGUGAUUUACUGUAAUCAGCUCCGUUUAGACAGUUACGUUUGCUUUACUAUUUGCCUCUUAAAUUGGUUGCCUUUUGCGAAUUAUUUAUCGUGUUCGGAUUGGUUUCCUUUUUCAGAGCGUGUUGUUGUUAUCUUAAAUUUAGAUGAUUCUUCUAAAACAGUGAAGCGAUCGCUGCUCGCUUCUCAAUAUGGCAAAUUGAAAACGUGAAUUGUCGAGAUUACUAACUAGAUUUUCAGGAAGUCUUUCUUAACUGGCUGAUUCUAGAUUUUAGAUUUGAGUUUACAGGUUUUUUUUUUUAGAAUUGAAAUUCGAGGAACGAGCAGCGAUGAAGAUUCACGUAGAUUCAGUAAAUUCAGACACGCACAUGAAAACAAGAAUAGAAGUAAACGUAUUUUGAAUGAUUAACUUUAAAGUUGACAGUAAAGUUUGAGCUAACUUUUUUUUUGUUUUUUUUUUUGACAACUUGAAUCAAGGUAUAACGUACAUGUAUAGUACACGUAACUCGGGUUUUUUUUUAAAGGAAGGAGCGUCUGUCCUUCUCGUCGUAUUAUUGUGCGUAAAGUUUACACACGAAGAUAUUUUCAAUUGAUGAAGUUGACGAAAAUUGAAAAAUAUAUUUAAAAAAAAAAAAAAGAAAAAAAAAUUAAAAGAGGCGAACGCGACGAUAAUUGCGCUUUUGAGCGCAAACGUCGCGAUCGGUUUCAAUUUUCCGUUCGUCCUGAGUCUUUCAAUGAGAGAAGCAUGAGCAUACCCCUGUAUGGUGCUGCACAGUUUGCUCAGUAGCAUUGUAAGAACUUUAUCGAAUGUAGUAUUCGCUUUGAGAAGCAGCAAUCCUUUUUUAAAAAAAGGCCAUGGGGUUUAGUUCCACGCCAAAGAGAGGGACGAACGAAGGCCGUCGUAGAUGUCUUUAAUCGAUCUUCUGAGGCGUAGCGAUUAAGAGAAAACAUUCGCAUCGUGUGAAGUCUUUGAAAACAUAUUGAAUAUUGAAUUUGUACCUGUAGCGAAGGCGAAUGAACCGCGAGGAGAGGAAAAUAUUAGGUUAAUUUAGUUAUAUACUGUAGUCAGGAGGAACGAGAAGCAAAACACCUGAUUUUUGAUUUUAAAAAACGAGCACUCAACAAUAUUUGAAUUGUGCAAUUUGGAAUGAUUUUAUCUUUUUUUCUUUUGCGCACUUGUGUUUCAAAAUUUUCGUGUGUUUAUUGUAAAAUAGUUUUUUCUUUUUGGCCUUUUUAAAAAAAAGAAAAGAUGCAAUAUUAUCGUAGCAUUUUUUUUGACCACACGGUUUAAAUUCCGUUUUGCUUUGUUUGCGUUCCUCGUCGAAAUCGAGAGAAAAAAAAUUUUUGUCGGGAUGCGAGCGAUUGGCGCGUAAUUCUCAUCUUGACUUUAACGUUUUAUGCUUCCAAAGCAAGAGUGUGCCGCGGUGUUUUCAUGCGAGCCCAAAAUUCCCACGAUCUUUGAAUUGAUAAUUAUGAGAAUUGAAGUCGAGAAUUCUUGCUUUUUUCCCCGUCGUAAGUUUUGAUUUGGGCGCGUUCUGACAACAGUUGCGGCCUGCGCGUUUUUUUGGUUUUCACUCAGGGCAGAAAGAAUAAGCUGCGCCAAUCCUGUCCUGCCUAACUCCCGCACGGAGUCAAAAAAGCGGGAGGCAAACAUCUUUUUAAUUAGAGGAUUUCUCGCGUUUGUCUUUCUUGCGAGUGUGGCUUCCUUGGAAGUUUUUUCUCUCCUCGAAGGGAGACAACGUGAUAAUUCUUCUCGAAUUUGUAGCUCAUAGGCGUCCAAAACGCAACCCGAGUCAGUUGUCCAAUCGAGAUUAGGCGGCUUCUUUAUCGAUUUAUUUGAAAGUAGUGAAGAAAAGUAGCAACGCAUUUUUCUCGAAUUGGAGUCGUCCGACUAGUGUCUCGAGCUCAGUGUUGUCUUCGGAGUUUUAAUAAAAUGUUUUUACGGGAGAGGAAAAUAAGAAAAGUUAUAAAAAAAAGUUGUAAGACACUCUUCUCCAGGCAUUCUUCGGAAAAGAUAUGUGCAUUUUUUUUGUAAGACGAUUCGAUAACUGGCUGAGGCGGCGCUGUAAAAUUCGUGUAAAUAGAAAUCCUUACGACGUAUAAGCGAGUGGAGCAAUGUCUGAGCCUGACAUAUUGAAAGAAUGAAGAGUUGGAGAGAAAAAAAAGAGAAGAAACAAAGUAAAGCCAUAAAUUGUGGCUCCUAGAGAUUUGUAACUCGUGUUUUCAACGAUAGUUUUUGGCGAAGAAUCGAAGGGACGAUCACCGCGCGCUCUCAAAAAAUCGUUACUAGUUUUCCUCCAUUCGCAGGCUCGAAAUACAAAUUUUACGAUGUUAUUAUAUCAGAGAGCGUGCGUUUUUUCUUCCGAUAAACGGUCGUUUCCUUUUUUUAAAAACGAAUGAAAUGUGAGAUUGUGAACAGAGAGCGCGGUAAUCAUACAAAAUGGCCAUAAUAUCACCUGUUAGCGAUUUACCGCGAGCGAAUGUGUAGAGUGUUUGCGAGCCGUGCGUAAGAUGAGAGGAGAGUAAUAGUACGAGAAAUUAACUAUUAGCCUCUAAGGAAAAUCUUUUUUUUUUUAUAGAGUUAUAAGAUUUAUCUCAUUAAGCAAACGCUGCGCUGUGUUGAGAAAGAAAAUUGUGCGAGUUCGACCACUAUUUAAUUAACUUCUUAGUGUUGCCAAAGUAUUAAAAAAAAUCGAGAAACAUAUAACCUCUCUUGGGGAAAAUAGAUUUUGUUGCAGAUUAUCACAUAUUUCCAAAAUCCAAAUUUCUUUUCUUCAGCGAUGGUCGAAUCUCUUUUUUUUUUAAAUAGUGUACGUGAGGUGAGGGUGGAUUGUUUGUCAUCGAUGAUAGCAAUUUGUAAACCUGAUUCAACACAAUUUUGGCUGCGCAGCGAUGAUAUGUACACAUACACAUAUGUCAUUCUUUCUCUCUUUAACCCGCGUAUCACUUUCCAGAGAGGAGUAUGUAUUAUUGGUAUGAAUGGGUAUUGUGCGUUGGCGAAGAGAAUCAUUUUAUCGGCAUCUGCCAAAGUCAUAUGCGGGCAUGAGAGAGGAGAGCGAGAUUUUCGUUACUUUUUUAAAGAGCGAGAGAGGAGGAGAGAAAUGAGAAGGAGAUAAAGACGACAAAAAUUGAAAAAAAAAUAAAAACAUGAAUCAUCUUUUAA